CCCAAAGACGAUCCUACCACGCCAACAUCAGCAUCUAGUGAGCUGAUUCUAUCAAGGCCAGCGCAAUGCUCAGGUCUAGUACCUGGAAGGAGCGCGCCAGUGGGCGGCUCUGCGCCGUAUGCCAACAUUCAUUAAGGCUUUCGAUACCUGUCAACAAUAGCAGCCGAUCUGCCUUCAAUCACCCGCGGUUCAAUUCAUUAUAUAAUAAACGAGAGAACGGCUCGAAUAUUUAUCAACCAGGGUGCGCAAUCCGAACGCUGUCGACCACCCGCGCACUGCGUGAAGCAGAUGGCCCGCGCCCGAAUGCGUUUCCUGGCGCUUUAGCUCGCGGUGGAUUUGGCUCAUUUGGAUCCAAUGCUGGAUCAUUUGCCUCAAAGAAGCCUCAAACAGAUGCAUUACUCCCUCACGAAGCUGCAGCUCGCCAGAAGAUGACCCCGCCUCCUCCUGUGAACCCGGCACCGACCCCUAAUCAACACCGGCAAGACUCGAAACGAAAUAAACCAACCAACAACAACAACUUCCAGAAACGCAAAGGAGAUGCGCCUCCCAAAAAGCCCCAGGCAACAGGCGAGAAGCCUGCUCGUUCACGGUCGGUGCUUGCUGAUGUGUUUAAGUCGACGAGGCAGCCAGCGACGCCUCCUACACCACAAGCUUGGAUAGCUGGACUGGAGGAUGCUCCCAAGGUGACAUCACCACCCAAACGUAGUCAGCCUGAGGAGCCUGAACAGCCUGGCAACCGAUUCGGAGGUAAUAAAGGACAGCCACAGCCUCGCCGAGCUGCAGGCCAACCGGCCGGCGCACGCAAAGCAGACUCAAAAGCCGGACCUCUGGCAAGUAAGAAUCCAGGCAACACAGCUGCUUGGGGAGAAAUCACAAAAUCCAGACAGAAGGGUGCAGUGACGCAUCGUCACGACCACAGCCAGCUCGGCAAAGAGACACAGUCAGAAGGAAGCGGAGGGGUGAAGGAAGACUUUUGGGGAGAACUUGACGGCUGGACAACGACACUGAAAGAGCAAAGAGCCGAAAGUUUCCAAGACGAAUCAUUACCAAAGCGAUUGAGGGGAAAAGGCAAGACAGCCAACGAGAUCGACGAACAUCCAUCGAGAUUCGAGCCGCAGGACAAACCAAAGAAGAACAAGAAGAAGGCCAAGCGAAACGACCGAGAUGAUGAUUGGGAGGACGAACAACUAUACCGUCACGAACAAAAACAACGUCAAAAGGCUGCCCGUGAAGCUGCGAAGCAGGCGGAAGCUGAGACUGUUGCAACCCCAAUCUUUCUACCUGAAUUCAUCAGCGCAGCCAACCUUGCCCAGUCGCUGAAGCAAGGUGUUGAACAGUUCAUGUAUGACAUGGAAGAGAUGGGCUUCGAAAACGUUACAAGCGAUACGAUCAUGACGGGAGAGACGGCCGCUCUAAUUGCAAUGGAAUACGGAUUCGACCCGACAGUCGAUACAGGAACAGAGCGUGACCUCCGACCAGCACCAGCACCUGAAGAUCCUUCUGUCCUCCCUUCCAGACCACCAGUUGUUACUAUUAUGGGCCACGUCGACCAUGGCAAGACAACCCUUCUCGACUUCUUGCGCAAGUCAUCCGUGGCGGCUCAAGAGCAUGGUGGCAUCACGCAGCACAUUGGUGCUUUUGUUGUCAAAAUGCAGUCCGGCAAGCUCAUGACGUUUUUGGAUACCCCUGGUCACGCUGCUUUCCUAUCAAUGCGACAGCGCGGUGCAAACGUCACUGAUAUUGUUAUUCUCGUUGUUGCUGCCGAUGACAGUGUCAAGCCUCAGACGCUGGAGGCCUUAAAGCAUGCCCAGGCGGCCAAGGUGCCGAUCAUUGUUGCAAUUAACAAGAUUGACAAAGAAGAUGCUCGCGUCGAUCAAGUCAAGGCCGAUCUAUCCAGACAUGGUGUCGAAAUUGAAGACUACGGCGGCGACGUCCAAGUUGUCUGUGUCAGUGGCAAGACCGGUCAAGGUAUGGCUGACCUUGAAGAAAACAUUGUAACCCUCUCCGAAGUUCUUGAUGUCCGCGCAGAGCACGAGGGUCUCGCCGAAGGGUGGAUUCUCGAGUCCAGCGUGAAACAAUUUGGCAAGACUGCCACGGUGCUAGUCAAGCGCGGCACACUCAGAACCGGCGACGUGGUUGUCGCGGGCAAGACAUGGGCUCGUGUUCGUCUUCUGCUCAACGAGGCCGGUGUUGAGGUUGACGAGGCACCGCCUGGUACACCCGUAGAAGUGUACGGCUGGCGAGACGUCCUUCCCGAUGCUGGCGAGAUGAUGCUGCAGGCUACUGACGAAGGUCGCGCCAAGACCGCCAUUGACUACCGACUUGAAAUGGUUGAGCGCGAACAGAGCUCCGCCCAGCUCGCUGAACAGGAGCAGCGCUUGCGCGACAAAGCUGCCGCCGAGGCAGAAGACUCUGGCGAGGGCGCUGAGGAGUCUGAAGAAGGCGGCAUCAAGUUCCAAAACUUCACUGUCAAGUGCGACGUCGCUGGCUCCGUGGAGGCUGUCUGCGCAACAGUCCAAGAGCUCGGCAACGCAGAAGUCGGCACCAAGAUUCUGCGAUCAUCUGCCGGCCAAAUCACUGAGUACGACAUUGACCACGCCGCCAUCUCCAACUGUAUCAUUAUCAACUUCAACAGCCCCAUUCCGCCGCAAGUCAAGCGCCGUGCUGAGGAUGCAGGCGUUAAGAUUCUAGACCACACCGUCAUCUACCAUGUCGUCGACGACGUCAAGGCUGCACUUUCCGAGCUUCUUCCGUUCAACAUCACGCAGCGUGUGUUGGGCGAGGCUGACAUUCUGCAGACAUUCGCCAUCAACCUGCGAAAGCGAGAGUACAAGACCAUUGCAGGCUGCAAGGUGCGCAACGGCUCGAUUAAGCGAAGCUCACGUAUCCGCGUACUGCGCAAGGGUGAAGUCAUCUACGACGGCAAAAUCGACACCCUCAAGCAUGUCAAGAAGGACGUUAUGGAGAUGGGCAAGGGCACAGAGUGCGGUAUUGGCCUCGAGGACUUUCAGGACCUGCAGGUCGACGACCAGCUCCAGACCUACGAGGAGCACAAGGAGCGACGAUAUAUGUAACAUGCGACACUAUUACUCUUCUCAUUUAUGUGUUAUAUCCCCCGUUUUUCUCCCAGAAUGGAGGAGAAUUUGUACUAUAUUAUAUAGAGGGCAUAAAAGAAAUAAAAUAUGUACACCAGCAAUGCCAUUUAUCACUAGUUGUUCUUUUUGUGAGAAUCUGUAGGAAAUUGACUGUUCAUGUAGAUUAACCUCGGCCAGGUGCGGAUAUAAAGUUGGACGAGAACGAUCUCGUCGUGCGAGUAGCCUGUGCUCUCUCCUUCUCCAGUCUUGCUAGCCCAAUCUUGUCUGUAACAGGGGUCGCGUCAAUGAUGUCGUCGAAAUCGUCGUUAUCUUCGCCAUCGUCUUCGCUGUCUGAACCAUGCUGGGCUCGAUCAUUAUCGGAGUCUGGCUGGGCUGCCAAGUCGAUGCUUAAGCGGCGCUGGUUGCCUUGGUGUUGCUUCUGUCCUGCGGAAGGUUUCGACUCGCUACCUUCGCCUGACUCAUUGGCUUCGGAUUGUGCAAAUGUCUUUGAAGCCAACGUUUUGCGGCGAAUGGCCUCCAUCAUAGCAUCGUCCUCGGAAUCGUCAGAUAUCGCAAAUGGGUCUCGCUCCUCUUCCUCCUCUUCUUCGGUAGCCUUGACUGGUUUCUUACCAAGGUAGAUACCAUCUAUGCUAUCCGCAUCACUACCGCCUUCUCCUUCUUCAUCGUUGUCCUCGUCAUCAUCAUCCGAGUCCGCGGGUGCCAUGCGGUUUGUGUUUCCCGUUGUCCACAUGUCACCACCCUCUCUGUUUUCGGCGUACUCCUUCUCUAAUCUCUCCAUCCACUCCGCUUCAGUCUGCUUGAUUCCGGCCUCAUCUUCGCAAGCAGCAUACUUCUUAAGCAGGCUGGAAUUAAUCUCCAAGAAUGACGGGCCGUACGAGAAGGGCUCCAAUAUUUGUUCUGCCCAGUCGGGGUGUCCGCAGAUAUAGAAAGCAGCUGCCAGCGCUUCGACACAGUUUAGCCGCCACGGCUUACCAUAGUUGACUGUGUUGGCAGCGACCAGAUAAGGUAGCAGCCUUUCGCAUUUGCCGCCGACCUUGUUCCAUUGAAUAUCGUCCAUGCGGGCCCAAGAAGCCUCGACUACGGCAGCGCCGUACUGGUCCAUGAUUUCUCGAUCGGCCGGAGACACAGUCUUCUUGCCAUUGGGUGUGAUGAUAACACCGUUAUGGCGCUGACCAAGUUUAAGAUCUCUCAUCAUACCAAGACGGAUGAGCUUCUUUCCUGAGCAUCGUUUCGGAUCGCAAUGGCCAAGGUCCCAGCAUGCGGCUUUGAACUGGGGUCGAGAGCCGCCUUCGGCAUCGUCGUGUCUGGCGUGGUUGCGAGCGGCGACACCGCCGCCGCGGCCACCGAACUUCUUGCCUCUGCCGGCAAAAUCCUUCUUGUGACGCAUUUUAUAGAGAUUUUCGGGAGUCCGUGGUUGUUGAAGUUGAAGCCUAGCCCAGAUUGCAUCUAGAAAAAAUGUUGCCCCGCGGCGGUUGGCCACCCCACUAUCACCCGGCGGCGGCGGCAGAGCUACUGCGUCUGAUAAGCACAAAAAUGCAAUAUUGGUAUUGGGGGGCCAGACUAGAGGAAAAUAUGUUCAUAAAU